AUGACGACAAACUUCACAAGCGACAUUGUGACCUCUCUUCCAGAACACAUGCUGUCCGAAAUUCUCAAGCAUGCGGCGUCCAAUUCCAUCGCUGAUUUCAUCAACCUCAAGUUAUGUUGUAAAGCUUUUGAACGGGCAUCAAACUACGAAAACGUUUCAAUGGAGAAAGUUAGCUUAGUUCCGUGGCGUAAAUGCGAGAAAGGCUUUCAAAAAAGAUGUAAAGCUGCCAACAAUGCUGAAGCUUUAUACAGGAAAGGAAUGAUCAAUUGUUUUAGUCGAAGGAAAUCGGAGUCCGGCCUCCGUUAUUUGGAGAAAGCAACCGAGAAAGGUCAUGAGGAAGCCAUAUAUACUUACGGUAUUAUCUUGAUUUGUUUGGGUGGUGAGCUAAGGAAACAAGGACUUCGAGUUCUAUCAUCCCUUCAUCUUCCAAAGCCUAACCAAGGCAAUUCAAGGAUGAUUGCGAGCUGUCGUUCAAAAAUGGAGAAGUUUUUGAGGUGCAUGUGGGUGCAUGUUGCAUUGACAGGACCCAAAGGGAUUUGCUGCAAUUGUGAUUGUGACAUUGAGGAAAAACCCAACCAUUCAAUUCCUUCGGAAUGCCAAGCUUGGGACGCAAGCAACGACGUCGGCCAUUGUUGUGAUUAUUGCUUUUGGGACCGUGAAGCAAAUUUGUUUUGUAGUUUGCUUAGGAAAUAUUUAGUUAAUUAA